AUGGGUUUUCUUGAGUCGUUUCUGCUGAACGGAGUUCAUAUCAAGACCACCGUAACAAACAAGCAGCAAGAGGUUGACAACCUACUAUGGUCCUUCUUACGUCCUGCAAAUUAUAAUGGACCAAAGGUAAUCGGGUUCGAUGUCGAGUUGUCAAUGUUUGAAAAUAAGGUAUCAGAGGAAGAAAUCUACGACAAUUCCGAAUGUGCAACUCUGCACCUAUGUAAUGGCCAGUUGUGUCUUAUUAUUCAGCUAUGUCAUUUAGAUUCAGUUCCCACAUCAUUGCUUAACUUUCUUCGACUGCCAGAUUAUACCUUUGUCAGUGUUGGUAUUAAAGAUGAUUUGGCUAAGCUUAAGAAGGAAUAUGGGAUUAGAUGCAGAAAUGCUGUGGAACUUGGACCUCUUGCUGCUAGUGUCUUGAAAGUGCCUCGUUUGGCUUUCUGUGGUGUUGAUGAACUAACUGUUGCUGUCAAUAAGCUUGAUCUUGGAAAGCAUAGGCCUUUAAAUACGCUGUAUAAGGAUUGGGGUCAAUCUAACCUUUGA